CCCCCAGCCCUCUAACCCUCCAGCCCUGGCAGUAGCCCUGGAGUUCUGGGGACGAGGUUAUUGCCUUUUUAGGAGACACCUGAUCACAGCCCAGUGCCUCUACACACACAGAGGCUGCUGAUAAAGAUGUGUGUUAGACUGAGUGAGAGAGAGUGACUGGUGAUUAGGCUGAUAGAUGAGCUCAGCGCUAUGGGGGUGGGGACUGAACUGGACUGCUACCGUUCACAGUUAAAAAGAGAGAUCCAACCACGGCACGUCCCCAUCCAGUUUAGUAAGGACACACCAUUAGAUUACCAGACCAGAGAGCAACACAGCGUGUGACAGCGUCAGAGAGCCUUCUAGGUGGACCAGUCGGACAGUGGGCUGUUUUUGUUUGCCAGCAGGCUGAGGAGAAGCUCUGUCUGUUUAACCAGAGGAACACGAUCUCAGGCUUCUAGAAGCUCUGUCUGUUUAACCAGAGGAACACGAUCUCAGGCUUCUAGAAGCUCUGUCUGUUUAACCAGAGGAACACGAUCUCAGGCUUCUAGAAGCUCUGUCUGUUUAACCAGAGGAACACUAUCUCAGGCUUCUAGAAGCUCUGUCUGUUUAACCAGAGGAACACGAUCUCAGGCUUCUAGAAGCUCUGUCUGUUUAACCAGAGGAACACGAUCUCAGGCUUCUAGAAGCUCUGUCUGUUUAACCAGAGGAACACGAUCUCAGGCUUCUAGAAGCUCUGUCUGUUUAACCAGAGGAACACGAUCUCAGGCUUCUAGAAGCUCUGUCUGUUUAACCAGAGGAACACGAUCUCAGGCUUCUAGAAGCUCUGUCUGUUUAACCAGAGGACCACGAUCUCAGGCUUCUCGAAGCUCUGUCUGUUUAACCAGAGGAACACGAUCUCAGGCUUCUAGAAGCUCUGUCUGUUUAACCAGAGGAACACGAUCUCAGGCUUCUAGAAGCUCUGUCUGUUUAACCAGAGGAACACGAUCUCAGGCUUCUAGAAGCUCUGUCUGUUUAACCAGAGGAACACGAUCUCAGGCUUCUAGAAGCUCUGUCUGUUUAACCAGAGGAACACGAUCUCAGGCUUCUAGAAGCUCUGUCUGUUUAACCAGAGGAACACGAUCUCAGGCUUCUUGAAGCUCUGUCUGUUUAACCAGAGGAACACGAUCUCAGGCUUCUUGAAGCUCUGUCUGUUUAACCAGAGGAACACGAUCUCAGGCUUCUAGAAGCUCUGUCUGUUUAACCAGAGGAACACGAUCUCAGGCUUCUAGAAGCUCUGUCUGUUUAACCAGAGGAACACGAUCUCGGGCUUCUAGAAGAGGACUAUAGUGUCUUGGGAGUCAGACUGUUUCUGAGAGACUCUGUCUACCUGGAACCUGUGUUCUCUAUAACCCGUAGAGAGACUGUCUACCUGGAGCCUGUGUUCUCUAUAACCUGUAGAGAGAUUGUCCUCCUGGAGCCUGUAUUCUCUAUAACCUGUAGAGAGACUGUUUACCUAGAGCCUGUGUCCUCUCUAACCUGUAGAGAGACUGUCUACCUAGAGCCUGUGUCCUCUAUAACUCAUAGAGAGAGACUGUCUACCUAGAGCCUGUGUCCUCUAUAACCCAUAGAGAGAGACUGUCUACCUAGAGCCUGUGUCCUCUAGCUGCGUCAGUCAGUCGGUCUUCCUAUUGAAACCUCCAUUACAGCCCAUCCUUUGUUUUCGUCCGGGUUGGUGGGCAUCUGAACCCUCAUGGAGAAGUUCCAGGCUGGGAUGGUCCUAGCGGGGGUGGGGGACGCUCUGGGCUACCGUAAGGGCCGCUGGGAGAGCUGCCCCUCUGGGACACAGAUCCAGGAAGAGCUGGCCUCUCUGGGGGGCCUUGGGGCUCUGAAACUGGACCCUGACAACUGGCCCCUCAGCGAUGGAGCCCUGAUGCACAUGACCACCGCUGAGGCCCUCAUCACAGAGGAGGCUAGCCUGGUCCCCAGAUCUGUUUGUGCUGUCUUGCCAACUCCUAUGGUCAUGGCAAUGGAAUUAGCAAGACCAGAGGAGUUAAUAGUGGUGGAAAAGUUAGCAAGACAACAGGAACAGAUCUGGGACCAGGCUGGAGUUCUAUAGGUGGACAGCCUGACGGGACAACACACGUCACCUACCGACCGCUGGCCUGGACGUCUGGAGCUGCCAGAUCAGAUAAGUCCAAAAUAGACCUAGGGAGGACAACAUGAGCCUGUCCUCGGGCAGAGGAGAACAACAGAGGGACCAGGUCUCAUCACAUCACAGUGGCUCUCCCCUUGGGGAUGCUGUAUGGUAUUUGGCCGGUGGAUUGUGUUCAAAGCCAGCAGUGCUCCUGUAGAGAGAUGACAGCCGUAUGGAUAAGCCUGCUGCUUAGCCGCAUUCCAACAACCCAGCCUGGGAUGUGUCCCAAAUGGCACCCUAUUCCCUAUGUAGUGCACUACUUUAGACCAGGCUCACACUCCAUAAGACUCUGGUUAAAUGUAGUGCACUAUAUAAGGAAUAGGGUGGAAUAGGGGACUCUCCCCAAGUCAGGCCAGGAAACCACCAUGAAUCACUGACACUGACAGGGGCUGGAAGCAAACCAUACAGAUCUGAUCUAUAGCACACAUCAUAGAGAGGAGGAGGAGAGGAGGAG